AUGGUUGCUUUCAAGGCAGUCCUCCUCAUUGCCGCUGCGCUCGGUGUUUCGGCGCAAAACACAACUUUGCGCUACAUGCCAUUUGGAGAUUCAAUCACUGAGAUUGUUUGUUGGCGAGCAAAGCUAUGGGAGAAGUUGCAGUCGACUGAAUGGGCGGGCGUGAACUGGGUGGGUUCUGGCAAGACGGAAAACAACUGCAAAGACACCAAAUACGACCGCGACAAUGAGGGUCAUUCUGGGUUCCUCGCCAUUAACAUCGCGAACAAUAAGCAGUUAGUCGGGUGGCUAAAAAAUAAUCCGGCGGAUGUCAUCACCAUGCACCUUGGCACAAAUGAUAUCGUGCAGCAGGGGAAAUCUGUUACUGAUAUUAUUGCUGCUUUCUCCACUCUAGUACAGGUUAUGAGAGACAGCAACCCUAAAAUGAAGAUCAUAGUUGCCCAAAUUAUCCCCAUGGGUCUUGGCAGCUUCAACACUCAAAUUCAGAAUCUGAACAAAGCGAUUAUACCUUGGGCACAGGAGAAGAACUCAACAGAUUCACCCAUCUGGGUCGUCGACCAGUACACCGGCUUCAGUGGCAGCAGCGACCUGCGAGAUGGUGUUCACCCGAAUGAUUCCGGUGACACCAAGAUGGCCAACGUUUGGUACCCUGCCUUAGUCCACGCAUUUGAGGUUGCCAAGGCGGGCAAGGCGGCAGUUCGCGAUGUGGAGGUUCCUUUCACUGCUUAA